AUGCUUGCCGUGGAUAAGCUCAAGCUUCAUAUUUACCAGAAGCUUUUCUCCUUACCUUCACAGAUUGAUAGUGGAUCUAUCAAGUGUGUUGUGAGUGAUUUGGUAUCUUUUGGCCAGACUGCCUGUGUUUCACAUCCUAAGGUAUUGGAACAUGUGGGUGGAGCUCUGGAGAGCCGCCACAAGCUGGAUGUGAGGGCCUUUUACGUCCAGGUGGCGUAUAUGAUGUCAAAGGAGCCCGAGUCCAAGAUAGAGCAGCUUGCAGAUGCCAUGUUGGAUUUGUAUCUUGAACUGCGAGACUACAAGCUCACGAUGAACGAGCCUGCCAAUCCUCAGGAGAAGGUGAUACUACGACUUGCUACCAAGUACUACAAGUCGUGUUCCAUCAACUACCGUUUGAUGUACGACCACAAGUCAUACCCACGCAAGGUCGAGAUGGCGGAUGAGUCGCUAACGAUUAAUCUCCCACCCUUGCCGCAAAUCAAGUCGAAGCACUUGUUGGCAAAGGCAUUGAUGCACAAGGAGCUCUACAGAGCCGUGUUUCUGGAGAACCACGAGUUCUACAAGUCCUUGACGGCCAAGAAUAUAUCUGUGGAUAGGCUGGCCCUAAACGUGAUCCGCUACGAUUUAUCGUUCUUGGAUGGGCUUGGAGACUUGUUCUUAGCAGGAGAGUCCUCAGAAUUUUUGUACAAGUUUAGACACCUGGACCCAUACAGCGCUGACGAGACGUUCGGCAAGAAGACGUACACCUUGCUCAGAACCGUCUUGGCAACCAAUACGUUGUUGUCAAAGCUUGCAGUCGCAUACAACCUCCACGUUGCUCUCGAUGACAGAAUUGUACGUGAAAUGCUCGAGAUGGAGUAUAUUCCAUACUUGGCGGGUCACAGAGAGAACGAUCCUCCGUACGAGCAGGCUCGUUACGAGGAGGAGUUUAUUGCUGAUUACUUCGAGCAGUACGUUGGCGCCCUCUACCUAGAACAGCCACUAGUGGCUAAGGAAUGGAUAAACCAGUUGUUCGAGCAGAUAUUGUUCUCCAUCAACGAUGCUUAUAAGAUCAAGCAGCGCAAGAAGAAGGAUAUCAAAUUCGACUACCGUGCUUGGGGCAUGGACGUCGUCGGACGUGCUUUGAGAUAA